AUGUGGGGAUUUCGCUCAUCAACAUUAGCAAACAUUUUUCUCCUACUCUUAGUUGCCAUGAGCUUUUCAGUAAACCAUGUUUCAGCUGCAAAACAAUUUCAAAAUAAGAUCGAUCGACUUGCUCUGCUUGAAUUCAAGAAGCAAAUAUAUGAUCACUCAUUUGGAGUGCUGAAUUCCUGGAACCAUUCACAACACCAUUGCCAGUGGGAAGGAGUCACCUGCAGUACUCGACAUCAGAGGGUCAUAGCCUUGAUUCUAAGGUAUAAGCAGUUGUCUGGAACCCUAUCUCCUCAUGUCGGAAAUCUAAGCUUCAUGAGGUUCAUCCAACUUGCGGAGAAUCAAUUCCAUGGUGAGAUUCCCCAAGAAUUCAGUCGCCUCAAAAGGCUAAGAGUCUUGAACCUGUCAAGUAAUGCACUCGGUGGAAAAAUCCCAGAAAAUCUGAGCUACUGUGCAGAGAUGAUAACUAUUGACCUAACCAGUAACAAGCUAGAAAGGAAGAUUCCAAUUGAUCAGCUAAGCAAUUUGAAGAGGCUUGAAAAUUUUUAUCUUCGCACAAACAAGUUGACAGGAGAGAUUCCCUCUUCCACUGGGAACUUAUCAUCAUUGAUCCGAAUCAGUCUCGACUUCAACAAUCUAGAGGGAAAUUUGCCCAUGGAGAUGGGGCUCUUGAAAAGGUUAUCUAUAUUUUCAGCAUCAGAAAAUAAACUAUCUGGUAUAAUCCCUGCCUCCAUCUUUAAUAGUUUAGCCAUUACUGUCAUUUCAGUGGCCGACAAUUCCUUUCAUGGCAAUCUCCCAACCAACAUAGGUCUCACCCUACCAAAUCUACAAGUGUUGUAUGUUGGGGGGAACAACUUGUAUGCAAACUUUCCAACUUCAAUCACUAAUGCUUCUGGGCUUGAGAUACUUGAUCUUCCCUAUAAUAAGUUCGCAGGCCAAAUUCCAACUAAUUUAGAAGAUCUGAUACAACUCAAAAGAGCUAAUCUUAAUCACAAUCUCUUCGGCAAUAAUUCUAUAGGAGAUUUGGAUUUUAUUGCAUCACUGACCAACUGCAGUAAUCUAAGAAUUCUUUCCUUGAGUGCCAAUACAUUUGGAGGUAAUGGACCUAAAAUCAUGGCCAAUUUCUCAAAUCAACUCACUGAAUUGUUCGUGGGAGGAAACCAACUGUCAGGAACCAUUCCACAAGGAUUUGGAAACUUUGUCAACCUAAUUCAACUUGGCCUUGAAUUGAACUCUUUUUCAGGGAUUAUUCCAAGAGAUUUUGGCAAGUUACCAAAUUUGCAAGGAUUACGUCUGGACCAUAAUGACUUGUCAGGACAGAUAGUCUUUGCCCUAUGCAACAACACCAAUCUAUACUAUCUAGACUUAUCAUUUAACCAGUUUGAAGGGGGCAAUAUAUUUGACAAUGUUCUUAUGAACUGUGAAAAUUCGUUUAGUGGUUCUCUGCCUGCUGAAGUUGGAAAGCUUAUACAUUUGGUGGAUUUCAAUGUUUCCCACAAUCAAUUUGCUGGAGAUAUACCCAUCUCACUUGCUAAUUGUUCACAUCUGGAGAAUCUUUUUAUGCAGGCCAAUUUUUUCAAAGGAACAUUUCCACCAAAUUUGGCUUCUUGGAAGAGCAUCCAGCAAGUAGACCUUUCAAGUAAUAAUUUGAUUGGACAAAUACCAAAAGAACUUGAGAUGCUUCAAUAUUUGAGGUACUUAAACCUUUCCUACAACAACAUCGAAGGCGAGAUACCAAACAUAGGAAUUUUCAGCAAUGCAAGUCAAAUAUCAUUGAUUGGCAACAACAAACUCUGUGGAGGCAUUCCAGAAUUGGAGCUCCCACCUUGCCCAGUGAUUAAGGGGAAAAACAAAGGAAAGCUGAAGGAUGUCAUAUUGAUGUCCAUUGUUUUACCGGCAAUGUUGAUUUGUCAAAGCCACAAGCUUUGA